GCGUUCCGGGUUAUUGUCAGUCUCGGCAGCUCGGCGCAAGGGCAGGACCGCAUCCCGGAGCUGCCCGAAGCAGCUAGCUCUUUAUUCAGGCUUAACCAUUUCAUAUUUGGUUAAUACACCAAAGAGAGCAUCUUGGAGCUUUGCUAUCGAGAAUACUCCACAGCCUCAUCUGGAAAUCUGAGCCUGAAUCGCGGGGCAAGACAUUGUAGAGCGGCUGCCGACACCACAGGGAAAGUGACGGACGGAGCAGAGUCUGAUCACCGGGAUUUUUUUAUUAUCACUGGUUUUUGUACAUCCUAUCGCAGCAGUUUAGGAUAUUUCAGGCAGUUGCUUUGACCCAGCCUUGGUUUUUUUCCAGGGUACCUUGACACAAUAGGCCUGUUGCCUAGAUAAAAUUACUAUCCAAUUUGCAUGAUACAUUCCACAUUAGGUCGCAGAGAGCAGGCGGACCACUUUAAACCCAUGCGCAACAGCGGAGGAUUUCGGAAUACUGCGUAGCACAUCUCCCAUCCAGUCUUUCGAUUAACACUUUGAUUAUUUGGCAAUAUCUACAAGCGAAAAGAAAAGCAACCAGGACCCUUUACUUUGUUCCGGAGGCUAAACGGUGAAAACCCGAAGCGCACUUGGUGCGCAGUAUUGCCGACCUGCGCUUUUGCCUUCGACAGAAAUUGGCAGCCGAGUCGAGAAAAAAAGCAAAGCUUAUUAAGUUUGUAUGCUAGAGGCUAGAGUGUGGAAUCUAAUUCGCAGGGUUACCGGCAUAUUUGCAUACAGUCUGGAGAGAAGGAUAAACUUAAUCAACGUUUGACAUCGACAAAGCGGCUGCUGGAUUUUGGAGAACGGAAUGAAUCCUUUUUAAUUUGGAGCACAGAAGUAUGAGGCAGAUUGCUCAGUGAAUGCUACAAUCUGCAUGGAGUUCUAGUCUGCACUACGGAGCAAUUUAUGGAUGGGUUCAUAGACAGGAGAUGCGGUUGAAUGGCUGGUGUGGAUGUGCUGUGUAAAGCUGCAGAGUGACUAGCCUGGACUGCGCGCUGAACCCAUGUCAACCGUGCUGCCCCAGUGCAGAUUGGCCGCAGAACUCCCCCGCCUGUAGUACUGUGCCCACCUUGCCAUGCUUGCCUGUCUGCAGAGGAGGCAAAACCCUCCACCCCAGCACCCGGUGUGUACCAGCAAGACCCUGGAGCCACCGCAAGCCCUUGGACGGAAAUGUGAGCUGGUGGUGCCUACACACUCCCCACGUUACCCUACUGCAGCAGAACUGGAUGCCUAUGCUCAGAAGACAGCCAACUACCCUCUGUCCAUCAAGAUCUUCCCCACCAACAUCAGGGUUCCCCAGCAUAAGCACCUUAACCGGACUGUGAAUGGAUAUGACACCACAGGGCAACGUUAUAGUCCCUACCCACAUCUCCACACAGGGGGCUACCAGGGUCUGCUUGCCAUCGUCAAGGCCUCCUCCUCAUCCUCAUCAACAUCCACCUUUGUCCUUUCAAAAGGAGUUGUCAAGAAUUCCGAAGGCAGACGGACUAAACUUUCUCCAGCCCAUACAGCUGUAGCCCCAUAUCCACCUCCUAGUAGUAGCACUUUAGCCAGUGGCCACAACCAAAUGGUGUACCACACUGGACCCUCAAAGCCUCCAGAAGGACUGUCGGUUCCCCCAAAUGUCACUGUAGCUAGCUCAGUGAUUCCUGUAACAGGGGGUCGAGGUCUGGCCCUGCCCACACAGUCCAACCUCCCCUCCAUUCAGAGCAUCAUCUACCAGAUCAACCAGCAUUGCCAGGCCCAGGCUCUGCAACAGGUGUGUCAAGGGGCUGCCACUGCACCAUCAAAUUCCAGCCCCUCCAAGCAGGGCACUGGUGUCAUGGGGGUCUCUUCCAGCUCCUCAGGUGGAGGCUAUGUGGUAGGAAUGGGCCCCCAGGCUAAUAUGGUAUACACAGGGCCUGGGCUACCAGCUCAAAAUGCUGAGGCUAUGAAGACUGGUGUGUACGCAGACAGUAUGGACUAUAUUCUUUGGCAGAAGCAGCAGCAACAGCAGCAGCAGCAGCAACAGCAACAGGCUGUGCUUCGCAUGUACAGUGGAGGUAGCGGAGGAGGGGGUGCCAUCAGCAAGUCCCCCGAAACUUGUGUUCCAGGAGGAGGACUUAUGGCGGCCCAGGUAUCCUCCUCAUCAUCCAGACCUUACCAUCUGACAGCAAGUGCCAGCGGAGGAGGCGGGCUGGAUAAAGUCAGCUCUUCCCCUUUGAACUGCGUUGGUAUGCAUGGAAAUUUCUCAGUGGGUCAGUACUUUGCCCCGCCAUGGAACAGUGUCCUGGUGACACCUGAUAGUGACUGCUACAACCCCCAGGAGCUUUUGGGCACCUCCACAGGAGGGCCGGCCACAGGGCACAGAGAGAUGGGCUACCCCCACCACCAUCACCACUACCAUCACCAUCACCACCCUGCUAUAGACAGCGGGGGAGGUUUGUGCUGCAGCCUGCCCAGCAAGAGCUUGUGCAACACGUCCGUGCUGAGCAGCAGCUUGCAGUCUUUGGAGUACCUGAUCAACGACAUCCACCCACCCUGCAUCAAGGAGCAGAUGCUUGGCAAAGGCUACGAGACUGUGUCUGUGCCGCGUCUGUUAGACCACCAGCAUGCACACAUCCGCCUCCCUGUUUACAGAUAGAGGGGGAAGAAGAGGAGGAAAAUAACCAAGAGUUGUGAAUUUGUGAAGAAAAUCAAAGUUAAAGAACAGAAAUGGUUUUUUUGGGGGGAGGGGGGGGUCAGAGUUGUUGCUAGUGGCACUGUUUUAACUAGUGUGGAAGCUUAGAACAGAGCAGUUGUUGUGCUGUGUGACCCUAGGUUUGAUGGUUUCAAGGCAGGCUGUGGGAAUCCCAAAUAUGAGAGGUGGUAGUGAUUGCCAGUGGGGGAGAAAAGGGAUUUCGAGAUUCUCCAGAUGUUCCAUUGUGUGGUUUGCCAAUAGGAAUUUUUGAUUGAUUCAUUUUUUUUCUUCAGUUUUUUUGUUGUUUUUCUUGCCUGAACUUUUUCGAUGAGAAUCAUAGCUUGACAUGAAGCGCAUACACCACUUGUAUCCCCCUUCCAAAUACUAAGGAUGAAACUACCGUGUAGGUUGUCACUGAAAUGGUCUUAAAAGGGCCAUAGUGGAGGGCUGCUCUCAAAAUCCAAAACUCUGUAACAGUACACACAGAAACACGUACAGUAUGUAAACAAACACAUACAAAAAUGUACUGAUACAUGAGAAGAGUAAGAUUAUAGGCAGUACAUGGAUGUUAUGUACAAGGAUCAUAAGGUUGAAGUAAAAGGAUAGUACAAUAUUAGUUAUUAUUACUGUUAUAAUUGAUACAUAAAUUGCACUGUUUGAAUCUUGUUAACUUUGAAGUUUGGAAUUGGGUAGUUUGGAUAUGAUAUAUUUAAGAAACUUGAAAAACUUGAACCUAUUUUUUGUUGUUUUAUAUAUUUGUAGGUAUAUUAUAUGCAUUGGCUGCUAUGGGGAAAUGUGUCUCAAAUGUUUGUUUGUUUUUUAGUUUGUUUUUUCCACUUUUGUGUUUAUGAUUUAAUAAUUCCUCCUCAAGCUGAUGUGCAGUUUCUUAUGUCCUUGUGUGAGGCAUAGCUGCUGCUUUGGUUCUGUAAGAACCUGGUCGGAGAGCUCUUUUUUCCUACCCAACACUGGAAUCUACAAUAAAUCUUGGAAUACUUAUUUAAAAAAAGUUGCAAAAAAUUCAAGAAAAAGAAAUGUUACAAUGAAGAAUGUGAUUGGGAGGUUAUCUUUAUAACCUUGUGUGUUAAUGUGUGUAGCUGAGUGCAUGCGUGUGUGUGUGCAUUUUAGUUUGUCUUCUUCAAAAUCCUCAGACUUUUUUUAUUAUGUCAUUACAGGAUUUCUACCACAAAGACUGAAAUUGAUUCACCAGUCCCAUAAAUAUGAUAUCUGAAUAAUGUACAGGAGAUCUUUUGCAAAUGAUGAUUCCUUAUAUUGGAGGCUUUAGAUAUUCUCUGGAGCUAGAGUAGAGAAAAAGUUCUCACACAACUCCUUUAUAAGUGUAGUUAUGGUACUAUAACUCCUCUGUUAGGUGUUAUCGUAAUAACACAGAGGUGGGAACAAAUAAAACCCUACUCUGAGGGUACCGCUCACUCCUUAUCCUAAAUCCUCCUCCUAAAUGAAAACAAUCAUGUCCUGCCCUCUGGCAUCAGAUGAAAUGAGACGACACUCAUUGCUUUUCUUUGUCCAUUUCAGCCCCCGGUUGGGAAGCAUUUAGCCCAAGCCAAUCUUAACUUGAUGAUUCAGAGCAGUGAAAUAUUUAUUAUAACUGUGAGAUUCCCUUGAAUGUACCGCACUUAAAUUACUCCAAUGUUUUAUUGCCUUGUGGGACUCAAGUGAAAGAAAAAAUUGGAUCAGUGCAGCAGUCAUCUGGUCUUAAAUUAGCAUUUCUUUUGUCAGUCAAAUUUCACUGAUAAAUUGAAUUUAUUAACUGGAGAGAGGGAGCUGGAGCUUUGUUGUGGGGAAAUACUGGCAUCGGUCUAGAUUAAUGAAGUGCAAUUAUUAUGACUGUAUUAACAUUUUUUCUCUGAGCUUACACCAAAAAAAUGUAAACUACAGUUGUCAAUACAUUCCCAAUGUACCACAUCCCUAAUCCCUAUCCUUUCUUCUUUUGAGCUGUAAAAUAAAUUUCUUUAAGAAUAUAUUCAGUAGCCACAUCUUGGCUUUGAAGUCUGUCAUUAUUUUUUAACGUAUGUCCUCUAGAAGCUAGUGGGAAACUGGGCCUUUGUUACAGCAGCUCUGUGAAAUCCAGAGUGAGCGUGAUGUGUGAAGUAAAUCCUGUACUGUAGCGAUAAAACCUCUGCCACUGAGAAAAACUAGUUGAUUUAACUGAUCAUCUUUUAAAUGUUUACUUGUUGGCCACCCAAAGAUAAAGGACAGACAGCAUUUCUGGAAAAAGAAAUUACAUGCCCAUGCAUACUGAAGAUGUGAUGGAUUUUUGAUCAAGAGGGAAUUAAAACAUUUUCUUUGGUCUUCAUCUUGCCCCAUAAAUAGACCUGUUUUCCCUCAAGAUAACGAUUGGUUAAUCUUAAUCUAUGAGCCUUAAAUUUUGAGCUAAUGGUGUUUGUAGACAUGCCACUGUCAAAAAUUUCAUUCUAAAGAAGCACCUCGCUUAAAUUUGCACAGUAAGCCUCCUUAACAUUCCAGUGAAAAUUUUUCAUGUUGUUUCAACAGCUUAAUACCCCAGCCACAGUCUGAUUCCAGCACAGCUUCUGUCUUGUUGAAAUAUUUUGACAGAUUUACAGAUACAUCCCGUCCCUAAAUCCCCUCCGUUUGGCUUCUGAAGCGAAGCAUUAAACCCUGUCACAUGAUGUCGAAGUGAAGAGGAGACACUUGAGGCAGUGGAGUCUCUGGUGUCUGCCCUUUCCCACCAGUGGAGGUUUGAGGCACCAGGCCUCUCUGUUAAUGGGAAUAUUGGGUGACACCUGGCUGCUGGACACUGCCAGUGAAGAGUAUUCAUUCACAGAAAGGGUUGAAUUCAAGCCCGUUUCAGAUAGCAGUUUUAUUUUAAAAAAUGUGGUAUGUAAAUACUUUUACCAUCCUUUCCUUGUGGCUGCACUUUCUACCAUACAGGCUCCAAACUGUCUGACCCCCUGGUCCUUUACACACAUUAAUGAGCUGGUAUUGAUGGGAUGCUUCUUUGCCAUGCAACUCAGGCCCCUUCCACUAUUCCUGAUUUGAACAAUGGAUGUUUAGCCCAUAUUACGAUAAUAGAAUUAAAUUUCAAAUAGAUUUGUGCCUGAGCUGAUAUGUGCACAGCUCACUCAGCUGCAGACGCAGAGUGGCAUAUGGCAUGUCAUUAUCUAAGCCCACCCUCUGCCUGUCCGGGGCCAACUGGGUUCAUCAGUGCUUAAACAAACUGAAGGUUAGGACUGGCUGGCUGGCGUUAAAGGAGAGGACAGCAGGGUUGGUGUGUGUGGUGGGGGUUGCUAAAUCACAGCCUCCACAGCGUCUCAGCGGGCCCCAGCACCGCACCAUGGCGCCUGGGCUCUGUGGCCUGCUUUAAAAGCUGGGCUGUGUUUGAUCGAGGGGAUUUGUUUUCUGUAGGAUUAUACAUGGUUCCUCCCUGCCUGGCUGAGGGGCCCUGUGCAAUGUGACAGAUCGCAACAAAAAAGAGAGAAAGACAGACAAAGAUAUAGGAAGGGAUUUUGAGGUCAUGGAAGCCUUGAAGCAUCAGUAAUCAGGAUAAUUGCCAUGUUCCUGAUGCUGGUUUCAGCCUCCCCUCUUUGGCUCUGCGGCCUCAUAUUCAGAUUCAAUCUCUGAAGAAAUCACCUUUCGCACUGAAAGACUUAUUGUGCCUCAGUUUACUAAAUUCUACUGAGUAAGAUCUUCAUUUGUAAUUAAGUUUUUAAUACUUGGAAAACUAUUCUUCUAAGUAAAUGCCCAAGAAAUGAUAAAUUAUGCCAUCCGAAUGAGGACAUUUAGCGCUAUAACCUAUCUGUGGUUACAGACUAUUGACUGUUAACAUGUUUUCAAGGGCAAUGAGAUGCUCAUGAGGAUGGCCCAAGGGCAAAGUGAAGGGGAAUUGACUUAUGUUAGCUGUAAAAAUCCCUUAGUAAAUCCCAAUAAGUCCAUGAGGGCCAUUACCCAGGGCAAAGGUCUAGUUGUAUAUUAGGCAUCUUAAAUACUGCAGAGAAGGAAUAUGAGCAGACAAAACCAUUCAGAGCAGGGUCAGUUCUUGCACUUUCACAACAGAGGAGAUUGGAGCAAAGGUUAGAAAAUAUAAAGGCAGCUGCUCACUCUGCAGAGUCUUGGCGCUGCUACUCUAACCUACACAUGACAGAGGGGGGUAGUGGGGUGACAUCCCCUCCACACCAUGUUGGUCAACCUCAGUCGUGUCCCCUGGCUGCCCUUGAGCCCCUGGGGCUCUCAUCUCAGAGUCUUUCCCAGCAUCCCUCCUUCACGUCUAAGAGAAGUCAUGAGGCCAGUCAUCUCCAUUUGGCUCCUACCUGGAAAGAAAAUACUUUAAUCAAUAAUUCAGAUGGUCCUGAGGAGGCUUUUAUAGUCCGGCCACCAGCCUUAUACCUGUAUAACACAAAAUCUUUAUAAGAUUUGCUGUGUUUUGCCACAUGGUUAGAGCACAUUGCCAUCGCUUUAGUGCUACUGGAUAAGCAGAAUAUGAGCACCAUACAAUUUCACUGUUGUUUUUAGCAUGUAUUAAAUGCAACACAAGGUAAAAAAUCAGCACAGAUCACAAAAUAAAUCAGUUUUCCACCCAAAACAGCACAACCCUAGAGCCCCUUUCUAAAAGGCAAUGCAGCAGGUUCCAGGAGUUUACAGUAUUUUAUUUCUCCAGCGUCACAGCACAUGUAUGUUCAGCUGAAAAAGCUUAUGGCCUCCAAGUAUUCAUCUAGUGUAUGUGGUGGUGUAUUUGUAUGCUGUAUUCAAUCUAAACACAAAAGUCUGGGGAUUUUGCUUUUUUCCUUCCUGUUUUGUUUUACUGUUUGUGUGGCUCUCAGAAUGUUCCUGUGGACAAACAGGGCUGUU